CAAGGACAGAUUCAGCAUAUUAGAAGUAAACAUGAAGGCGUGAGAUAUCCUUGUAUUCACUGUGAAUACGCUGCCACUCAAGCAGGUUCUCUGAAGAUACAUAUUGAAUCUAAACAUGAAGGAAUACGAUAUCCAUGCGAUCAAUGCGAGUACGCUGCCACUACAGCAGGUCGUUUAAAAACACAAAUUGAAUCUAAACAUACAGGAGUGAGAUAUCCAUGCUGCCAAUGUGAUCACGCUGCCACUACAGCAAGUAAUCUGAAGACACAUAUUGAUAUUAAACAUGAAAGAGUGAGAUAUCCAUGUGAACAGUGUGAAUACGUCUCUACAGGUGUAAAAAGUCUGAAGUUACACAUUGAAUCCAAACAUGAAGGAGUAAGAUAUCCCUGUAAGCAGUGUGAUUUUACCUCUAGCUCAAUAGGGUAUCUGAAGAUACAUAUUGAAAAUAAACAUGAAGAAGUAAGAUAUCCCUGUGAGCAGUGUGAUUUUACCUCUAACUCAGUAGGGUAUUUGAAGAAACAUAUGAGAAAUAAACAUGAAGGAGUGAGAUAUCCCUGUGAUCAGUGUGACUAUGUUGCCACUGGUGUACAGCACCUGAAAUUACACAUUGAAUCUAAACAUGAAGGAGUGAGAUAUCCUUGCGAUCAAUGUAAACACGCUGCAACUGACCAAAAUAAUCUGAAGAAACAUAUUCAAAAUAAACACGAAGGAGUGAGGUAUCCAUGUGAUCAGUGUGAAUACGCUGCCACUACAGCAGAUAAUCUGAAGAGUCAUAUUAAAAAUAAACAUGAAGGAGUAAGAUAUCCAUGCAAUCAGUGUACUUAUGUUGCUCCUACAUCAAAUAAUCUCAAAAGACACAUUGAAAGUAGACAUAAAGGAGUUAAAUAUCCCUGUUCGCAAGAAAUCUUACUUCUACCUCAGUAUGGUAUUUAAAGAAAUAUAUUAAAUCUAAGCAUGAAGCAUUAUAAGAUAUUAUUGAAUAAAUAUUGAGGAGUGAGAUAUCCCUGUGAUCAGUGUGAAUAUGUUGCUACCCAAUCCUGUAAUAUCUGAACAAAAUUAUUUGUACAGUUUGGGGAAUGUACGCUUGUCUCUGUAUAAAUUAUUUGGGUCAAAACUGCCCCAGCUCUUCUAGCAGCCUCAAUACACUGGGUGGAGGUUUUCAGAUUUAAUGAAAUUUUAACACCCAGAUCCCAUUCUACUGGGGUGUACCAUUCAUUGUUUAUAUAUGGUUCAACAUGAAGUACUUUGCAUUUGGAAAUAUUGAAGCUCAUAUUCCAACUGUUCCAAUUUAUUAAUUUAUUUAGAUAUUCCUGAGUUUUUUCACAUUC